AUGGCAGAGAACGGCACUCACAAGAUCGGGAAAAGGCUUAUGGCCAAUGUUGUUGACGAUAUCGCCGAGGGAGAUCCAGAGAGAACGGUCUGUAUUAUGCCGGAGAAAACAGACAGUUCAGAGUCUUUCGUGAACCUGAAUUUCAGACAGCUCGCUCACGCAGUGAACUACAUGUCCUGGUGGAUAGAGAAGUCGUUUGGGCGUCACAAUAGUUCUCCACAGGAGACUUUGACUUAUCUCGGUGCGAAUGACGCUCGAUAUCUGAUUAUUGUCAUGGCCUGCAACAAGACUGGCUAUCAGCCAUUACUUUCCUCCACUCGGAACUCUCAGGCGGCGCAGCUCCGCCUUCUGGAAAUGACCGAUUGCUCAAAACUUGCGUAUAGUUCGGAGAGAAAACAAAAGGCAGAGGAGAUCGAAGAGUGCCGCUCUAAUCUAAAGAGCGCGCAGAUUCCGUCCUUGGGUGAGAUGCUAGCAAGCGCUACCGAGCUGUACCCCUUCACGGAGACAUUUGAUGAAGUCAAGGAUGACGUGGCUUUCAUUGCUCACAGCUCGGGAACUACUGGAUUUCCCAAGCCCAUUCACCUCACAUACGGCUACUUUGGCGCCCUCGACCAUGGUCGAUACGUCCCCAUCCCAGAAGGACGAACAGCAGGUGUACCGGAUCGAUUGACUCGCAACGACCUUAUCCUUUCAACGACACCUUUCUUCCACAUGAUGGGCUUCUCCUUAAUGGUUAUGACCGUCUUCCAUGAAAUCCCUUGCGUGAUCUUACCGGAAAAGCCGCUGUCGACCGACCUUCUGACAACAACCCUCAAUGCCACAAAGCCAACAGCAGCUCUCUUUCCACCAUGUAUCCUAGAAGACAUGACCGCAUCCCCCGCAUCUAUGGAUGCUCUUUCGGGACUACGACAGGUCUACUUUGGAGGCGGUCCCCUUUCUCCCGAUGUUGGACGUAAGGUCAGCGAGCGUACCGAACUGGUUAGCUUCCUUGGGAUGACAGAAGGCGGUUGGGUCUUGUCGCUUGUUCCAGAGGACAAGGAAGACUGGUCGUAUUUCGAAUGGAGCCCGACAUUCGGUAUCAAGAUGGAAUCGAUUGGUGAGGGUGGACUGGCGGAGAUGGUCCUGCACAGGCACGAGAGGCCGGAUCUGCAACCCAUCUUCCAUACGUUCCCUGAUAUUCCAUCAUAUCACACCAAAGACCUCUACUCGCCCCACCCGACGAAGCCAGGCCUGUGGAAGUUUCACGGGCGCCUAGACGACGUGAUUGUUCUGAACAACGGCGAGAAGUUCAACCCCGUCACCAUGGAGAAGAUUAUCGAGGGACAUCCGUUGGUCGCUCGAGCUGUCGUGGUUGGUUUGGGCAAGUUCCAAACAGCCCUCAUAGCCGAACCUAAUUGGAACCAAGAAGUACCAGGCGAGAGCCAGUUCAUCGAGGAGAUCUGGCCGACAGUGCAAGACGCAAACCAUAUCAGCGUGGCUCAUGGUCGAGUAAUGAAAGACAAGAUUGGUGUGGCAACUCGCGAAAAACCAUUCAGCACCACGCCCAAGGGAAGCACGCAGCGACGACUGGUAACCGAUAGCUACCAAGACGAGAUCGAGGCUCUUUACAACAAACGUGCAUCAGCUGAUGCUUGGGUUGACGCAAUUUCCGGGGCUACUGAGCUAUCUGACAUCCUCCAAGUCGUCCGGAACAUGGUUUCAGAGGCUAUAAGCCUCUCACCAGCGGAGUUCACGGAUAAAAUGGAUCUGUAUAGUAUUGGUCUGGACUCGCUUCAGACGUUGCAGUUGAGCACGAUUCUCCAAGUUGCGGGCUUCAGGACUCUCACACCUCAGAUGAUCUACGCAAACCCCAGCGUUGACAAGCUUUCCAACCUUCUCUACGAUAUCGUGCACGGUGUUCAAACGGAGGAAAACGCAACUGCACGGGCUGAGCGGGUCGAUGCCCUGGUCAAAAGGCAUACAGAUGACCUCCGUCAGUCCAAAGCAAGCACAAACGGCGUGAGCAACGGCAUUAAUGGCACGGGGAAAAGACAUGCUGUCAUCCUGACCGGUUCCACAGGCUCCCUGGGCACAUACAUCCUCAACGACCUCUUGAAUGAUAACAGUGUCUCCAAAGUCUACUGUCUAAACCGCACCACCGACGCUCAGGAGCGCCAAAUCCAGAGCUUCAAACAGAAAGGUCUAACCGCGCUCGAAAGCCCCCAAGCAAACAAGGUGGAAUUCCACACCAUUUCCCUUCACAAAGACCAUCUCGGACUUCCUAGCUCCAUUAAAUACACCGAGAUGCUUUCCACAGUCGACAUAGUCAUUCACAAUGCUUGGCGAAUGGACUUUAACAUCUCCGUUGACUCUUUCCAGGACCAGAUCCAGGCCGUCCGCCGGCUGGUCGACUUCUGUACGCAUAGUACUCACCACGCACACUUUUACUUCAUGUCCUCCAUCGGUGCUAUAGGGGAAUGGAAGCGUUCAGACGGAAGCACUGUCCCAGAGGUACCGUUCGAAUCAUGCGAUGUCGCGCUUCGUCAGGGGUACGGGGAGGCGAAGCAUGUUUGUGAGCGAAUCUGCCUUGCUGCGUCUAAGAAGGCGGGUGUGCCGACAACUAUUCUCCGUCUGGGACAGAUUGCCGGUCCUACCACAGAGGCUGGAAUGUGGAAUUCGUGGGAAUGGUUGCCGGCUAUUGUGCAAACAUCCAAGACUAUCGGUAGGAUUCCUCGUACGUUAGGUGCUGCACCGGUGGAUUGGAUUCCAGUGGACAUCCUCUCCACCAUAAUCCAAGAUCUCAUCCACACCCGCCAAAUCCAGGCGUCAAACUCCUGCGCAGUCUUCCACCUCGUUAACCCAACACGCACAACGUGGGAAGCCCUCCUCCCCUCUAUUCACAAAGCUUACAGUAAUACUGCCAUCCAAACCGUCGACAUGAAAGAGUGGAUCGAAGAGCUCGAGCGUAUUGAGAAGCCCUCCGCCGAAGACCUUGCUACGAAGCCCGCUCUCAAGCUGUUAGGCUUCUAUAGGAGCCUGGUCCAUGGUGAUGGAGCGCUUUCUGUCCCGCUUAGUGUAGAGAGAACGAAGGAGGCGAGUGUGACGAUGCAGAGUAUGGGGCCGAUUUCGGGGGAGUUGAUGGGGAAUUGGUUGAGGCAGUGGCAGUUUUAG